UGGAACACGGCUAGCUAGCCUGCUGGCUAAAUAAGCUUACUUUUUACUACAAGUUCGUGUUAGAUGUUUAUGACAAUCAAUAUUUUAUUUUAAGCAAGUCUGAGUCUUACUGACUUCAGGAACCUCGCGGCUAACGAUAAUGCAAGUCUUUCAUUCAAUAUUUGCUCUAGCUAACUAACGUUAGGUAGCUAUUGUAAAUUGUCUUAUAUUGGCUAACGGCCUCAUAUUCAUAGUUCAUAUUUUACGCGUCAUACUCUACGAUAACUUCAGCUAGUUAUCUUGUGUGUCAGUCUAAAUCCAUCCAUUUGGAAUCACGGCUAAUGUUUAGCUAUCUAACUAGUCAGUUAGCCUGACAGCUGGCUAGCUAUUGAACAGGUUGCAAGUCCUCCAUCAUCACAUCUGCCAGGCGGACUCAACCAGCAUGGAUUACCAGAACACAGCGAAUGCAGUUGGGGACUGUCUUUUGAGCUACACCAAGGACGAGUCUGGGUGGAAAGUCUGCAAGAAAUCGAAUGACGUCAUCGUGUCCUGGCGGCCAUCGACUGAGUUCCCUGGGAACGUAUAUAAGGGUGAGUCGGUGGUGAAGGGAAGCCCAGAGAAGGUAUGGGAGUGUCUGAAGCCAGUGCCAAAUGGACUGCGGGUGAAAUGGGACAACAAUGUCAAGAAGUUUGAGCUGGUUGAGCAAGUCACUGAGAACGUCACUGUCUGCAGAACAGUCACUCCAUCAGCAGCCAUGGGCAUCAUAGCUCCCAGAGACUUUGUCGACGUUAUUCUAGUGAAGCAAUACGAAGACGGCACCAUUACAUCCAAUGCCACCCACGUGAACCACCCCAACUGCCCUCCCCAGUCAGGGUAUGUGAGGGGCUUCAACCACCCCUGUGGCUGCAUCUGUGUCCCCAUCUCUGGGGAGCCAAACAAAACACAGCUGUUCAGUUUCUUCCAGACGGACCUGGGGGGCUUCCUGCCUCGCUCCGUGGUCGACUCUUUCUUCCCAUCCAGCAUGGUGGAGUUCUACAGCAACCUGGCCAAGGCCAUCAAGUCCCUUAAGGACCACUGAUACACUCCUACUAUACCUUCCCUUAGCCCUGGUCCCAGAUUUGUUUGUGCUGCAUAACCAACUCCUGGCACCAGGUGAUACUCAGAUCUGGGACCAGCAUUCAGCGGGACCAAAAAACACAAUGAUUAGCUAUGUGAAUGGUUUAGUUUUAAAGAGGCUAUAUGGAACUUUUCACCUCGGGGCUUUUUAACUGAAAGGGACAGAUUGAUGUAAAUUGAUUUGAAAAAUCCUUAUUUGAGAGCAUGGGGCACACCUUUCUAGACUAAAAAUAAGGAUUGUGUUUUUCAUGAGUAAAUGAAUAUUUUAUAUCAACCAUACAGGCAACACUCAAGCCAAAAAUGUAGAUAAACAAUUAGCAACUCAACUUCUGUACAGCCUCUUUAAAAGAGUGGUCACCUGGCCUUGGAGCAAACUGUAUCUGAGCUUAAAGGGAGAUGAUAUUGGAUGAUCUGAGGGAAGGAAGUGUGCAGCUUGUUUGUCCCAGCACUAAACACAGCUGGUUUCAGGUCAUUGAGGUCUUGGUUCAUUUCUGUAAUAAUGGUGUGUUAGUGCUGGAGCAAAGAGCCUGCACCCCUGGUACUGUUGCUCUCUUGGACCAGGAAUGGUGGCCACUAGUGUAGUCUUACAAAAAGGUUGAGUGUCUGUUCUAAUUUCAUUCAUUCAACCCUGGAAAAAGAUUGAAUAUGAAUUUCUCAUAGAGGUUGAUGUGCAAUUUUCUUGAGUUGAAGCGAUUGAAAUGGAAUUGACCUUAGCCCUGAUGUUAAAGUUGCAAUUUGUAAGUUAUUUUUCCCUCUUUCUUGUUACAAUAGAGUACCAAAAACAAUAAUCAUGAACCCACCCCCAAAAAACACAUGUUACAUUAUUGGACAUAAUGUAGUUCCUGUUCUUCUUGGUUUGUUUUUUCUUCUUCAUGUGGGUCCACUAGCAAACACCCUGCCUCUUAGUCCUCGAACCGGAAAUCCUACUUACAGACCCCACCUUUAAGCACUCUGGGCCGCACCUUGAAGACUAGAUCUAGAGGUCCAUUUUGCCAAACUCUACUUCCAAAACAAAUAUUUCCUGUACAUUUCCUUUUUAGUGAUGCAUUUCCCCCCCCCUUUUUCCCACCACAAAAGAAUGAGAAUAGAUUUGAAAUCUAUAUUUUGUAUUUAGUGUCCUAAACACACGGAUGAUAUGUCCUCCUUCCCUGUUGUACUGUUGCUGUUGAAUACAGUCCAUUCUGUUACACCGGCUGCAUCCUACCUACAGUACCAUGCAUGUUGCAUGGACCUUACAGGAACCCCAGAAUGGAAUCGGAUUCCAUUGGGACGAGUCAUACCUCAUUUUUUGUUGUCCUUUGUAUACGGUAGUACUGUACUUGAAAUGUUCUGGUUUAACCUGUCUCCACAGCCCUUUAACCAAUACCUAAAGAUGGAAUCCGCAGUAGGGGGAAACUGUGCCACUGGCCGCCCCACCAGCAUUGUUAUUGUUGUUGCUGAGCUGAGGAGCGUCGUGCAGCAUGGUUAUGAAAUGCAGUACAUAUUGUGCUCUACUAUCGUGCAGCAUGGUUAUGAAAUGCAGUACAUAUUGUGUUCUACUAUCGUAGCAUGGUUAUGAA